AUGGAUCUUAGCACCAUGAGAAUUGAAGAGCUACAAAGCAGUCUAAAGGCACAAGAGUUGCCUCUGACUGAGAGAAACUCUGAAAUGAAGGUAGAACAGCAGGCUCUGAAAGCAGCUUCUGGUAAGAAAUAUCAGAAACUAGAAGAUGAUUCUGAAGGUGACUCUGAAGGCGAGUCUGACUCUAAAGGUGAAUCUGAUUCUGAAGGUGAAUAUGAUUUUGAUCCAGAUUCUAAUGGUAAUUCAGACUCUGGGAAUAUUCCAGACUUUGAAGGCGGUCAUACCUCUAAAGGUGGUACUUAUGGGGUUUCAUCAUCUGAUAUUGUUCCAGCGUCCGAAGAAGAUUUUGAACAAGUUCAGAGGCCACAAAGAAUUAAACAAAUACCAAGGAGAUUUGAAGAGAUUUCUGACUCUGAAGGAGAAUAUACUUUUGAAGGGGACUCUACCUCUAAAGAUAAGUCAGGGUCUGAUGGUGAUUUUGAGUCUGAAGAUGCGUCAGAGUCUGAUAGUAACACUAAAGUUGAAGAAAACUCAGAAGGUGAAUCUGAUGAUGAUUCAGAUUCUGGUGGUAAUCCAACCUCUAAUAAUGGUCAUGCCUAUGAAGUUGGACCUUUUGAAGGUGUUCCAUCUACUGAAACCAGAUCACAGAGGAUUUGUCAGAUACCACAGUGA